AUGUCUGCCCGCUCGACCAGACGACGAUCCGCGCGCAACCGCGACGCCCAGUCCCCUCCUUCAGACGACAACGCGCAGCUCCUGGACCAGCAGCCCCAGACGACAAAUGGCGUCGCCGUCGUCACCAUGAAUGGCAACGGCUCGGCACACGCCGAGCCCGUCACCACCAGCAAAGAUGUAGAGGAGACGCGCGAAAACAUCUUUCUUUUUUGGCCUAAUCUCAUCGGCUAUUCACGAAUCGUCCUCGCCAUCGCCUCACUCUACUAUAUGCCCCUCCACCCGCGGACCUGCGCGUUCCUCUAUAGCAUCUCGUGCCUGCUCGACGCCCUCGAUGGCUACGCCGCUCGCGUCUUUGAACAGUCGACCCGCUUCGGCGCCGUCCUCGACAUGGUCACCGAUCGCUGCACCACCUCGUGUCUGCUCGUCUUCCUCUCCUCGGCCUUUCCCCGCUGGGCUAUUCUCUUCCAGGCCCUCAUUGCCCUCGACUUCUCCAGCCACUACAUGCACAUGUACGUCACGCUCGUCGUUGGCGGCGUCGACUCAAGCCACAAGAACAUUGACAAGAGCAAGAGCUGGCUCUUGAACCUCUACUAUACCAACCGCACUGUCCUCUUCAUCUUUUGCGGCCUCAACGAGCUCUUCUUCAUCGCUCUCUACCUCUUGUCCUUUUCCUCGCCGCUCCUCUCGCCUCAUCUCAUCAAGUCGGUCGAGGAGUCAAGCGGUACCCACAUCGAGGCCGGUGCCCCGAUGAACGCUUCGCUGCUCAAGCAGUUCUUCCCCGACCCCUACAGCGCCGCCGCUCUCGAGCUCGCGCGCGCCAAUAAGAUGGAUUCCACCGUUCCCUGGAUCCUCGCCGGCAUCAGCUUCCCCAUCAUGUUCGCCAAGAAUAUCAUCAACGUCGUUCAACUGGUCAAGGCCAGCAGGUGGCUCGCCGAGGUCGAUGCCCAGGACCGUAAAGCCCGGGGUCUCCCUCGCAAGCGCAAAGCCAAGCGCGUGUAA